GAUAACAUAUUUCGAUUUUUCAUUGGUCACACUAGUGCAAUUCUGAAAAGAAAUAUCCUAUUUUAUUUGGUGUAGCGUGAAUAUAUUUCGAAUAAUCCGAUCACAAUGACUGCCUGGAGAGCUGCCGGAAUUACCUACAUUCAAUAUUCCAACAUCGCUGCUCGUAUCUUGCGCGAAUCCUUGAAAACGGAGCUGCGUGUGGAUGCCGCAAAACGCAAUGCGAGUCAUGUGAAAUUCACUCCCUGGGCAAAUGGCAAGCCAGCUCAUGAAAGGGCUUAAGUGUUCUGUUGACAAUUUAUUAAUUUAAAACGUGGCAGCGCCAAACCCAGUCGGAAUCCUCCUAGAUGCUUUCAGUGGCCCCUUUUUGAAUGAUUUGCAAUAAUUAACAUCUGCAAUGUUGUAGGAUCAUUAAAAACGAAAAAAAACUUUAAAUAAAUUUGAUUUAUUUAAACAA